CAUUAUGAUGACUGCUGUAUCUGCCUUAGUUGCCUUUGGAGCCAUGCCUUUCAACUUAUGGAUAUAUACUCAUCGGUGGACCUCGGAGGACUUGAAAGUGCCUUACAUGCAUAUUCUAGCCAGCCUUGCCUUGGUUGCAUUUCCCUCCAUUCUCGGGAUGUUUAUCCGCUACAAGAGCAAGAUAUGGGGAGGGAGAAUAAAAAAGGGUUGCGGAAUACUGGGUUGGGUACUUGUGGUGGCAUGCGCAGCCAUGUUGCUUUCUAUCUACUGGAAGGUUCUUCUGAAUGCUGACCUGAGACUUCUGGCAGCUGCUGCAUUACUUCCGGGCGGGGGCUGUCUCAUUGCCUAUAUUGUUGCUAAAAUUAUUUGUUUUAGCCACAAGGUAUGCCGCACCAUUGGCAUUGAAACAGGAUGCCAGAAUAUGCCCGUGGCUACGAACAUCAUGCUACUCUCCUUCAAAAACCCAACAAUACGUGUGCAACUAGUUACGUUCCCCCUGCUGUACGCCAUCUGUCAACUGAGUAUGAUCUUCGUAUUCAUCGGACUUUUCCAUUUCUAUCGGUAUUGGCGGGGAGGAUCUUCGGCAGAGGACGAAGAUGAAGCUGAAGUCAUUAGGAGGAAACUGAAUGAGGCACCGAAUGACGAAAGCACAUCCCCGUGCCCCACCACGCCCACUUCGCUUACUUUCCGCACCAGCAUCCCUCUUCCCGAUCACCUGAGUCCGGCACAUCACCGUAAAGAAUAUCCCGAUUUCCAAGACGGUGACUUUUUACUAGACAAUUAUACAGAUAAAAGGAAUCAAGCUGACCUCGGUGACUAAGAGCCCUUCGCAAGAAUAUUUCUCAGAAAUUCCAAACAUCUAGUAGUGCGACAGUUCCGGACUUGUGAUCGUCUGUACGUUGCUGGAGAAGAGUAAAUUUUACUCGAAGCCUCGAAGUGUUGGGCUCCGAUACUCUAUCCUUACAGUUAAACACUCAAUGAAAACGGUAAACUGUUGUUGGAGUUAUGUUUGGACCCUUAUCUGCAAUCUCUUUAACUACACCUGCGCCUAAUUUCAAACUAUUUUGCAAUAUUGCUACCAGGAGGAUUUAUAUCAGAAAUUUGAUUGGAAAAGAACCAUUUGUUCCAAUAAAUAUUUCAAAGUCUGCCGA